AUGACCAACGGCAAUAUGAAGCCUACUCAACCCACCCCGCCUCAAAAAAGAAAGAUUAUCAUCUUCUCUGACUUCGACGGCACAAUUUGCAUGCAGGACACCGGCCACAUCCUGGUGGACGCGCACGGUUGCGGCGCAAUUGCCCGCGAGAAGCUCGAGGAGCAAAUGAAGUCCGGAUCGCGAACCUUCCGCGAUGUUUCCGAGGAAAUGUGGGCAUCUCUCCACGUUCCUUUCGACGACGGCUUCGUUCUCAUGGAAAAGAGUAUCGAAAUAGACCCCGGGUUCAAGGAAUUCCACCAAUAUUGCGUCGAGAACGGAUUUCCCUUCAACGUGAUCAGUGCCGGAUUGAAGCCGAUUCUGCGACGAGUCCUCGAUACCUUCUUAGGCGAGAAAGAGUCCUCCUCAAUCGACAUCGUCGCCAACGACGCCGAAAUUCCCCCAGACGGCUCACAAUGGAAGCCCAUCUGGCGCCACGACUCCGUCCAGGGCCACGACAAGGACGUCUCCGUAAACGAAGCGCGCCUCCAAGCCCAAGCCGAGUGCGAGCCCGACGAGAUGCCCCUAAUCAUCUUCAUCGGCGAUGGUGUCUCCGACCUUGCCGCUGCCCGCGAAGCAGACGUCCUUUUCGCCCGCCACGGCCUCCGUCUCGAGCAGCACUGCCAGGAGCACAAUAUCCCUUACAUCCCCUUCACGACCUUCUCCGACAUCAAGCGUGAGAUCGAGAAGAUCUCCAAGGAGGACCAGAAGAAGACCGGUGGAGUCGGCAAGCCUGUGCGCUACAACCCGCGCGCCAACAUGUGGCGUCGUAUUUCGAGCAAGGAGGCUGUGCCCACGCUGAUGGCUGCUGCUACGCCUUCGAAUGAGGAGAAGAUGUUCCUCUGGCCGGAGACUUUCUCCGACUAUAAGCCCAAAACUAUCCAAGAGGACCAGGAGCCUACAGCGGCUUGA